GAAUGUAGCACCGCACCCGGAUGUAGUGGGGGACUAAGAUAAGGAUCAUGUUGCUAGCCCGGUUUGGUAUCUCAACCAUCGAAUAUUAUAUGUUGACGAUUAUGUGAUGUAUAGCUUGAUAGGUAACUUGGGUGCAGAUUGCAAGCGUGGCUCAUUUGAACCUGUGCGCUUGGGUCAUUUUGGUGAGGAAGUCUAUAAAUCAGCACUACUGCAGGAGGAACCUGGGAGAGGCUGGAGAGACCCUGAAGUGACACCCCAGCCCUGUCCCAAGCCAUUGUUGAUCUUCCACGCCUCCAUGUCCCGGGUGUAGGUUAAACCCUGAAGUCCCACCCCUGUGACAUCCCAGGGUCCCCUCCCCAGCCUCAGCACCAGCCUCAGCCCCUCUGACGACCUACCAUGCCCCUGAUCGUGGAUGCUGUGUGGGCCGUGUGGAGCAUCGGGGCCGGGGUCUAUGACUACUUCCACACCAGUGCGAUGGAGGAACGCAUCGGCAACCUGGAGAGCGUCCUCACCAUCCACCAGUGUGUCAUAGCAGCUCUGUCCGCAGGCCUCGUCCUCCUCAUGACCUACAUACUGUGGAGAAAACACUGAAGCCAUGGUUGUUUCCCCCUAGGUACAGAUCCUGGAUCAUUUCCCCCUCCCUCAAUCCUAUCUGUAACCAGUAGUGGGGGAAAAUGCUAAACUGACCCAAGAUCAGCAUCUAGGGGCAACUUCACCCUACUCUAGCGGAGAUGGGAGAUGAGACGGUCCUAGAUACUCCAGAGCUAAGGACUGCAUUACGGAUAGCAUCGGCUACUCACCAGACUAACAGCCAGUCCCAAAUCACUCCCUAACCCUCCCCUAUUGUCUUAUGUCAUAUCAUGCGAUGACUGUCUGUUUAGGGAUGGGGCAUCGUGUAGGAGUGGCCCCACCUAGCAUAAGAUAAGGACCUUUAGGGACGGGGCAUCGUGUAGGAGUGACGCCACCUAGCAUAAGAUAAGGACCUUGGCACUAACCCUUGGGUGUUGGCAGAUCUGAAGGGUCUUGAUGGGUAUAAGCAGUGUAACACUGGAUCAUCACAUUACUACUGGAGCUCAACAGACAGUCCUCAACCCCUCCCUAGUCCUUCCCCUCGGCCCUGACCCUCAAAUGAACGGUCUGGAUAGGUAUGACAACUGGGUAGGUAUAGGAUUCUGUUUCAUCAAAGCGCUACUAUUGGAAGACGAGCUCAAGAGACCACGAGGAGUUUCUUGUGGAAGCUUCCUGGUGGACAGUAGCCCUGGUAUACAGUGCAAAGGCUCUAUCAGAGCUGGUUGGAGUAGAGUCAUCCCUCCAGGUCUCGUUCGUCACUCUGCCAUUACUUGGAAGGGGAUUGAGAGGAAGUCUGGGAGCUGAGGGUCGCUGGAGAGGGGUUCUUCAAUCUGAGAGCCAGAGUGCCGUGUUGACUGUAGCCUGGUCCCAGAUCUGUUUGUGCUAUUGUGUCAACUCCUUGCCAUGCCAAACAUGGAAUUGACAUGAAAGCACCAACAGAUCUGGGACCAGUCUAUCAUGACUGGCUGUGAUCAGAAAACACUGUAUUUUGCUACUGUGUGGAUAAUGCCUGGUCCCUGAUCUGUUUGUGCUGUCUUGCCAACAAUGACCAUAAUGACCGUAGGAGUGGGCAAGACCAUACAAACAGAUCUAGGACCAGGCUAACUCAGGCCACUUGUUUAAUUUAAAACUAUCAUCCAUUGAAUGUGAUUGAUUCAUUCUGGUCCUGUUAUAUUGCCGAAAGGGAUUUGUGAAACAUGGCUUCUGUCCAUGUCACUGUAGAAUAAGCCAACAUAAUAAUGACACUGUUGGGACUAAACAUUUUAAACCGCUUUCCCGGGACACAGUUUAAGCCUAGUCCUUAGAAUAAAAAGCCUGGUCAAUGGAGAAUCUCCGUUAAGUUAAUAUUUUUUUAUUUUUUUUUAGCCCAGGACUAGACUUAAACUGUCUGAAAUCUUCCAUGUAAGAGAAAGAUAAACACCUUUUUUUUAAAGUUACUGUCGAGGUUAAACAUUGUUACACGUUUCCAUGACGAUGACACCUUUUAACGGUUUUCUCUGUAUUUGUACGUCAUAACAUCUCCUUUUUAAAAUCAUGCUUUUAUCAUUGUUGGGUCUGUUCCCUGUCUACCUGGUUCACUGUCAUCAUGUCUGUCGGCCAUUGUUGGGUCUGUUCCCUGUCUACCUGGUUCACUAUCAUCAUGUCUGUCGGCCAUUGUUGGGUCUGUUCCCUGUCUACCUGGUUCACUGUCAUCAUGUCUGUCGGCCAUUGUUGGGUCUGUUCCCUGUCUACCUGGUUCACUAUCAUCAUGUCUGUCGGCCAUUGUUGGGUCUGUUCCCUGUCUACCUGGUUCACUAUCAUCAUGUCUGUCGGCCAUUGUUGGGUCUGUUCCCUGUCUACCUGGUUCACUGUCAUCAUGUCUGUCGGCCAUUGUUGGGUCUGUUCCCUGUCUACCUGGUUCACUAUCAUCAUGUCUGUCGGCCAUUGUUGGGUCUGUUCCCUGUCUACCUGGUUCACUGUCAUCAUGUCUGUCGGCCAUUGUUGGGUCUGUUCCCUGUCUACCUGGUUCACUGUCAUCAUGUCUGUCGGCCAUUGUUGGGUCUGUUCCCUGUCUACCUGGUUCACUGUCAUCAUGUCUGUCGGCCAUUGUUGGGUCUGUUCCCUGUCUACCUGGUUCACUAUCAUCAUGUCUGUCGGCCAUUGUUGGGUCUGUUCCCUGUCUACCUGGUUCACUGUCAUCAUGUCUGUCGGCCAUUGUUGGGUCUGUUCCCUGUCUACCUGGUUCACUGUCAUCAUGUCUGUCGGCCAUUGUUGGGUCUGUUCCCUGUCUACCUGGUUCACUGUCAUCAUGUCUGUCGGCCAUUGUUGGGUCUGUUCCCUGUCUACCUGGUUCACUGUCAUCAUGUCUGUCGGCCAUUGUUGGGUCUGUUCCCUGUCUACCUGGUUCACUGUCAUCAUGUCUGUCGGCCAUUGUUGGGUCUGUUCCCUGUCUACCUGGUUCACUAUCAUCAUGUCUGUCGGCCAUUGUUGGGUCUGUUCCCUGUCUACCUGGUUCACUAUCAUCAUGUCUGUCGGCCAUUGUUGGGUCUGUUCCCUGUCUACCUGGUUCACUGUCAUCAUGUCUGUCGGCCAUUGUUGUCGACUGAAGUGCUACUGUGAGUAUUUUGCUGAAUCACUACCUGGUUGUUGGUUUCUAUGUGAACAAACGGUAUUUAAUGUCAGGUUAAUAAAUAAUGUGAUUAACUCUG